CGUACUAAGGUUCUCCCCGAUAGUUUACAGUUAACGGUGUGCUAACAAAAACCUCAGUUUUACCCGAGCUUCAAAAUAUUACUUAGACAGCGAAAAAAUGCCGUGUGGCAAAAAUUUCAGAAGGAGAAGAGACUCGUCCGAUGAUAACGAGGAGGACAACGAGACAACAGAGGAAGUGAGAUCCAAAGUAGAAGAGGCAAAAGAACUGCAGAGCUUGCGGAAGCGACAGAGCGGAGUCAGUAUAACCGCCUUACUAGUUGGAGAGAAACUCCCGCCAGAAGCUGAAAUAGAUAAUGAUCCAUUUAAACUGAAGACCGGAGGGGUUGUAGACAUGAAGAAAGUGAAAGACAGGAACAGAGACAUGACAGAAGAUGAGACAGACCUGAACCUGGGCACAUCGUUCUCAGCCGAGACUAACAGAAGAGAUGAGGAUGCUGACAUGAUGAAAUAUAUUGAGACGGAGCUAAAAAAGAAGAAGGGCUUGGUGGAGGCCGAGGAGCAGAAAGUAAAGGUGAAAAAUGCAGAGGACCACCUGUAUGAGUUGCCCGAGAGCAUCAGAGUCAACUCUGCCAAGAAGACGGAGGAGAUGUUGUCCAAUCAGAUGCUGAGCGGGAUUCCUGAAGUUGAUCUUGGCAUUGAUGCAAAGAUAAAAAACAUCAUCCAGACUGAAGAAGCCAAAGCCAAACUCUUGGCAGAACAAAGGAACAAGAAGAAAGACCAAGGCACCUCAUUUGUUCCCACAAACAUUGCUGUGAAUUACGUCCAACACAACCGCUUCUACCAUGAGGAUGCGAACGCACCACAGAGACAUCACAGACACAAAGAAGAACCCAAAGCAAGACCACUGAGGGUGGGAGAUACAGAGAAACCUGGUCCAGAAGCUCCUUCACCACCCAACCCCCGCAAACGACCAAACAACGAAAAGGCCACAGAUGAUUACCACUAUGAGAAGUUUAAGAAGAUGAAUCGAAGAUAUUAACAUGGAAAAACUCAACAUGGUGUCAUCUUUCUAGGCACUGAGGCACAAUGUCAACUUUUGGACUUAGUUACCUAAAAUGUAAUGACCGUAGUAGUCCCAUUGACUGUACCUUGUAAUUAUUGUAAAAAGCACAGUCUUUAAGCCAUGCAAUGUUUCAUGUUAUGAUCUGAUAAAACUAGGAUCUUCACAAAUUAUAAUUUUGACCAACAUUUUUCAAAUAUAGACCGUUUUUUAAGA